UGAGGACCUCAUCUGACGACGGAAUGAAAUUGCGGGUGGUGCUGAGCCGUUGAGUAGAAGCGCGGACAGACUGGCUCAUAAUCAAGACUUCGGACUGGAGACAAAGGUCUGCAGGCCUGUGUGAUGUUGACUGCUGCCCCAGCUGACCUCAGGGGGGCCCAGCCACUGCCCCUGCCACUGCUUUACCAGGACUGCAUACCCAGGGGCCUUAAAGAGCCCCACUGGGGGGAGGGCCAAAUGGAUGGUGGGAGCCUGGGUGCAGAGUCCUGCAGGACAGUGGAUGGGAGAGGUUCCCCCAGUCUGGAGAGUGGACUAAGAGCAACUAUGGCUGGCCCUCUGCCUGCGGUCAUGAGCACUGGGAAGCCAGGUAGACUACCUCAGGCCCUCUGCUUAAACACCAGUAUUGGAGCAACUGGACCAACAACCAGAGAGAUACCAGAGGCUCAGGUUGUUGGCAUAGAGUGUCACGGCAUGCAGAAGAACUGCCAAGAGAGCAUGCUCCUCAGCCCACACCAAGCACCCUCUGUCAAGGACUCCUUGCAACCCCCUACGGGCGCAACAGGAGCACAGUUUGGGCUGCUGGAGCGACUCUUGUCAACCCACCAAGCAGAGCUGAGAAGUCUGCUGACAGGGGGCCUUGGCCCACUCUGCCAGCGGCUGGAGGCAGUGGAGCGGCGGGUAGGGCAGCUCUGCGAGCAGAGCGCUGCCCAUGGAAGCAGCCUGGCCAUGAUGAGCAGCCAGGUAGAGGUUUUGUACCAGAAGCUGAGUGGCCAGGUGGAGGCUAGCAGUGCAGGUGGUACUAGCAUCCCUGUAGACUCCACGGUGUCACCUGAACUGAGUAAAGGUGUGUGGGAGGGUGAAAAGAUGGUCAGUGCUGAGCUAUCAUCAUGGAGAUCACAUCCCUCUGGCAAUCCAGUUGCUGUGGAAACAGGCACGGAUGAGCAAGGCAUUUGUGAGCACCCUUGGCAAACUCUUGCUCCCGUCACCCAUUUUUCAGUCAAGACAAGUGUUGCUGAAGAGACUGAGCAUGAGGGCUGUGGCAGCAAGGAUUUAGUGAUGGGAGAAACUGAGACAUGCCUGCCAGGAAAUUACUCUCCAGUAUCAGAUUUUGAGGACCUCGAUGUUGAGAUGGGAAGCCUGGAGGUACAGGAUUCUGUGGGAUGGACAGCGAGCCCUAGGACUGAGAUCACAGAAGCCAGCAGCUGUCUUCAGCCCCAGGGUGGUCCUGAGGGAGAGACUUCUACAGGACAGCCCAAGCUCUGUAUGGAGAAACUGGAUUCACAUGCUUUUUCACCAGAAUUCCAGGUUUCCUCCAACACUGAGGCUCCUGAGAGCUCCACCUAUACUGAGCCUUUCACUAACAAGGGAAGCCUAUCAAGUGGCAUGGGUCUUUCAUGUUCAUCAUCUGUUUAUUCAGAGAAAGCACCUGACAGCCCCGGAUUGCAUCCGCUUUCUGUUCAUACCGGAGAGAAUGGAAGUUCAUGGAGUGAUAUGUCCAACUCUGUUUCCAUGGAAGACCCCAUCCUGCCCUUGGAGCUAUCUCUGGCCCCUUGUUGGACCCCAUCAAUCGCCAGCCACCUUUCCCAGUCACCCCCCACCAAGAGGGACUACAGGACAACCGAAACAAGAGACCCACAAUGGAGAGAGGAACAUGAAAGCACCUCUCAGUCUAGCUGCAAGGAAGAAGAGGAUGUGGAGAGGAUGAAAAUUGGUAGAGAAAUUCUGCUAUGCACAGACAUUCUCAGCAGUCCAAAAGCACAUUGCAGUGAUCAUGGUAGCAGGCUGUUGUCUUCUAGGGCCGAUCUUGUUCGUCAACCCAUGCAAACCAACUGGUCACUAAAACCCAGUAGUGCUGAGUCAUCCUGCAUUUCCACACUGAAGUACGGUUCAUCUUCCCCUUUGCUACGUGUGCAACCAGUUGGUGCAACAGGAGUCUCUGUGCUCGACUGGUUGUCAUGCUCUAACCUGCCGCUUACCAAAGUUACCACUCCUGCCAAUGGCUUGUCCAGGCACCUCCGUCUCGCCCUCAAGACCGUCCCACUUGAGAGCCAACUGCUCCUAAGGCAGCUGUCUGAGGUGGCUGCCCGGCUGAUGCCCUUUGCCCAGGUGUCAGAUGGACUGUUUGCGUCAUUCCGGAACAUUUCCCGAAAGCCAGGCAAUUUGCCACAGCCCUCUAGCUUCAAGAUGAAGCAGCGCUGGGCAAAAGACUUGCAAGCCCCCAAGAGGCCCCAACUGAAAGGGGCCAAUCAGACUCAAGUGGGGGCUCUCCCCGAGCUUGAGGGUGGAGUGUCUCGUCUAUGGAAGCCACUCUUGGUGCUUGGAAGCCCCCUGCUGCCCCUUGCACCCCUGGAACUUGGACCCCAUGCCCCACUCAUCCCACAUAGUGCCCCCUUGAGCCAGCUGUUAGAUAUUGAGGUUCAUCUUCCCCCAAGCCUGUGUCAGUUGUUCCGAGCUGCCACUGCUAUUCCCUCUGCCUUAUCUCCAGUGCCCCUGCUGGGCAAGGGUAGCUUCCCAAAAACCGGCAUGCACACAGAGAUGGCACUGUCCUCACCAUCCGCUCUGUGCCUGGGGGCACGGCACUGGAGGCUUCCCUCUGUCACACCCCUUGAGUACUCUGCCCUGCACUGCAUGCUGGGCCAGAUUUUGGCCUCCCAGAGCAAGCUUCCUCCUCUUGUGCCACUUCCUGACCACACAGCCCCUCCUGGCCUGGGAAAUGAUCACAGCUAUGCUCAGCAGUCCAGUCAAGAUGGCAGCACCAGCACAGUAGCCUCAUCAUCCAGUGGUCCCGUCCCCCCUUCUCAGUGCACAUCCAAAGCCAGGCUCUUGACUGAGCAGUCCACACCUCCUGCUGUUCUAGACCCACCUGCCAGUUCCACCUCCGAGUCAAGUCAUCUGGACAGCAAUACCAGCCAGGCAGCGCCCAGCUUUGCCAUCACCAAUGCUAAUGUAAAAUACCCUGGACUGCACAGAGAGGGGGAGCUGUUUGAGAAGAAUGUGGGGGCUCAGCCAGGCCAGCAUUCUAAAAGGGUCUCUCAAAUUCGCAUCCGCAAGACCGUUCCCAGACCAGACAAUAACCUCACCCCCAUGGGGCUCCCUAAACCAAAGAGAUUAAAGAAGAAGGAGUUCAGCUUGGAAGAGAUUUAUACCAACAAAAAUUACCGCUCACCAACUCCCAACAGGAGCCUAGAGACUAUAUUUGAGGAGCCCAAGGAGAAGAAUGGAGCCCUGGUGUGCAUUGGGCAACAAAAGCGCAAGCGCGUGCUGGAUUUUCCUGACUUCACAUUGCCGCGGAAACGGAGGGCACGGGCUGGUGUCGGGCAGGUGCGCGUCAAGGGGCCCCGUGUGCGAGGUCGCAGGGGUCAACCAGAUGACGCUGAUCUUGAUGUCAUGCUGAUUGAGAGACUAAGUGAACUUGAGGACUACUUUUCCCGUGAAGGUCUAGAGGACUGAGAGCCACUGCCUGGCACAAGGAAGAAGGCUUUUAGAUUUCAACUCCCAAAUCUGGUUUGAAAGAGGAGAAAUACAGUGGCAUUUUAUCAUUUUGCAUAAAAAUCUGUUUGUGUGCUGCUGAAUCUAUGUGUGUAUGUUGGUUUUUUGAAAUACUACACAAGCACUUCAUAUUCAGUGAAAAAAGUAUACAAAUAUUGCAGUAUUUACUUGGCAGCACAAA